AUGAAUGCUACAUCAGCUACACCAUUCCUCGACUCCCUCGCUAAUCUAACCCUCGUGCCUAUCGACCCUGUUGGCAGUACAACGUCUCAUACGAGACAUCCAGGACAUCACGGGGGUGCGAGACCUCAUCAUCAUGUCGUUCGGAGGAGAGUCGUUCAAAAGAGAGAGGAGGAAGGAGGCGUUACUGGAGCGUUUGACGACGAUGAUAUGUAA